CGAGAUGGUAUAUAAUAUGUGGGGAUUCUGAUCUAUUCUGAACCUUACUUUGUAGUACCCUGAAGCUGUGGUGCUGUUUUUCCAUCAUCACACGAUGAAAAUGAUGUUUGGCACUGUAGGGGUUUGUGUAGUUUUACUCGCUGUGUGCUGCAAUGGGUAUGAGAUAGAUUCAAAUAUUCGAGCUAGGCUAAACAAUUGCAAGUUGUUGAAAAGCGAUGAAUCCUUGUGGAGGCUUUUAAACGUCAAGUAUGUCAAACCAGUGGGUGUCCUGUUUGAUGUAUUGUCUACAUAUGAAUGGAGGGGAUGUGAUAGUUGUGCAGAUAUUUUGAAAGCAGAUCCAAGCAGAAAGGGACAUGAUGGCAUUUACACUAUCUACUCUAAGUCAAAUAUGAGGAAAAAUGUUUUCUGUGACAUGACGACUGAGGGAGGCGGAUGGACAGUCAUACAAAAACGGAUAGAUGGUUCCACUGACUUCUACAGAACAUGGAAAGAGUACAAAAACGGCUUUGGGGAUCCUUCCAAAAAUUAUUGGAUAGGUAAUGAAUUCAUCCACUUGUUAACCAAUGGUAAAACACAGCAACUCCGUAUUGAUCUACAGAGAUUCACUGGAGAAAAGGGGUAUGCUAAAUAUUCCAAAUUUAUUGUUGGCGAUGAGAAUAGCAAGUAUAAGUUGAUGACGUCGGGCUACAGUGGCACGGCAAGAGACGGCUUGAAAUAUCACAAUGGGAUGAAAUUUACGACAAAAGACCAAGAUAAUGACGCACAUGGUGGAAAUUAUAACUGCGCAAAAGCCUGGCACGGCGCAUGGUGGUACAGGAAGUGUCAUCAGUCAAACUUAAACGGUCUCUACACCACUUCUGCAGUUGUCAAUCCUAAACAUCCUACUUGGUAUCCUUGGAAAAGAAGACACGAAGCCUUGAAAUCAACACUAAUGAUGAUCAGACCAAGAUGAAACAGAAAGGAGCAUUUAUAAAAGUGAUGAUUCAUAAUACAUUCAUUGCUUGAAAAAAAUAAAUGAACUGAGAAAAACA